AACACUGCCACGUAGAAGGAUGCUCGCAUCACGUCCAGUUGUUCGGCCCUUCACGGCUGGGAGGCGCACGGUGGCUGUGCAGGCCAAGCUUAGCCUGCACACCCUGACGCAGGAGCUGUCCAGGUCCCAACUAAAAAAGGAUCUUCCUUCGGUAACUGUUGGAGAUAGCGUUAAGGUUGGCCUAGCAGUCCAAGAAGGCAAUGGCAAGACGCGAACUCAGACCCUGGACGGUCUUAUCAUCGCCGAGCAUGGGAGCGCCAGCAGCAAGACCUUGACCUUUCGCCGUGUCUUCCAAGGCGUUGGUGUGGAGCUUGUCAUGCCGGUUCAUUCACCUGCAGUCCAGAAAAUCGAGUUUGUGCGCCGCGGUCGCGUGCGCCGCGCUAAGCUCUUCUACUUGCGGGAGCGCAUCGGCAAGUCUGCAAGGUUGAAGGAGGUGGUUGGUGUACGCUCCGAGGACGUGGCGGCGCCGAAGCAGAAAGAGUAAAAGGCAGCCGCAAUUGAACCUGGACAUUCCAGCCGUUCCAAACAUCUAGCUGGAGACUUGUUCUAUGCGUGGUGUAAUCAAAGUGCUAACAAGGUGGGCUCAGGGUGUGGAUUAUUGGCAAUUUUUCGCUCAUACUGGGCGACCAUGCCGACAUGGCAGACAGAUGAUUCAAUGUGUUCGCUUCAUCCCAGGGGCUCCUGUCAGCUAAGUGGAGGGUUGCAGCUUGAACUUGUGGCUUCGUUUGUGGUUUACAUGGCUGGGUGAGGUGUUGAAUAGGGUGUGUAUGGCUGUGGUGGGGUCCGGGUCACUACCGUUUUCUUCCCAAGGGAAAUUAUUAAACGGUACAUUCGACGCUGGGUUGAAACUACCGCUGUAAUCAUGAUGUAACCAGCUUAUU